GUACCAACCCCUGCCGCAGGACUUUCCCGGGCCGGCUCGCGGAGAGCGUAGCGCGGCCUUGGUGGCGGAAUGGCAUUGAGUGACGGCCCGGCCCCGCCAUCUGGUUAAAGGGACUCGUUCAACACGGAAGUGUCCCGGGGCUGCAUUGUGCUACAGCUAGAAUGAAGCACAUCAACCUAUCAUUUGCAGCGUGUGGAUUUCUGGGCAUUUACCACUUGGGGGCAGCAUCUGCACUUUGCAGACAUGGCAAAAAACUUGUGAAGGAUGUCAAAGCCUUCGCUGGGGCGUCUGCGGGAUCGUUGGUUGCUUCUGUUCUGCUAACAGCACCAGAAAAAAUAGAGGAAUGUAACCAAUUUACCUACAAGUUUGCCGAAGAAAUCAGAAGGCAGUCUUUCGGGGCAGUAACGCCCGGUUAUGACUUCAUGGCCCGACUAAGAAGUGGAAUGGAGUCGAUUCUUCCUCCCAGCGCUCACGAGCUGGCCCAGAACCGACUGCACGUAUCCAUCACCAACGCCAAAACCAGAGAAAAUCACUUAGUCUCCACUUUUUCCUCCAGGGAGGACCUCAUUAAGGUCCUCCUAGCCAGCAGUUUUGUGCCCAUUUAUGCAGGACUGAAGCCAGUGGAAUACAAAGGGCAGAAGUGGGUGGACGGAGGCCUCACCAACGCCCUUCCCAUCCUGCCCGUCGGCCGGACAGUAACCAUCUCCCCCUUCAGUGGACGACUGGACAUCUCCCCGCAGGACAAAGGGCAGCUAGAUCUGUAUGUUAAUAUCGCCAAGCAGGAUAUCAUGUUGUCCCUGGCAAACCUGGUGAGACUCAACCAAGCCCUUUUUCCCCCAAGCAAGAGGAAAAUGGAAUCUUUGUAUCAGUGUGGUUUUGAUGACACUGUUAAGUUUUUACUUAAAGAAAAUUGGUUUGAAUAAAAUGCAUAAAAGUUUAUAAUGCAAAA